AUGUUUGCCAAGGCCUUUCGGGUUAAGUUCAACACGGCCAUCAGGGGGUCGGACAGGAGAAAGCUUUGGGCUGAUGUGGCGGCUGCUUUCCUGACUCUUGGAACAGAUCAGGUCUCUGCCUUAGUACCUGGAAAGGAAGAGCUCAACAUUGUGAAGUUAUAUGCUCACAGGGGAGAUGCAGUGACUGUGUAUGUGUGUGGUGGUAACCCCAUCCUGCUUGAACUGGAGAAAAAUCUAUACCCAACAGAUUUGAUGCUGCCCAGCCUCGUGGUGCCCCCUGCUGGUCUGCCUCAGGUACAGAAGGGUGACCUCUGUGCCAUUGCCUUGGUGGGGAACAGGUACUGUGCCAGUCCCCUGUGCCUUUGGGGGAAAACCUUAGGUAAAACUGGGGAGAGGGAAUGGGAAAGGAUAACUUCCAAAGCUUAUGGAUAAAUAAUUAAAAGAAAAAACCAGAUUCUUCUUCCAGAAACAGAAAGUGGGCCAUGGGAGAAUGGCAGUGAGCCUAUGAGUGAUUGCCAGGAGUUGGGGGGAUGAGAGAAAUAGGAAGAGUUUGGUCAAAGGAUAUAAACUUUCAGUUAUAGGAUCGAGUUGGAAGGUCUAAUGGAUAACAAGGCUAUUAUAGUUGGUAACAAUAUCAUAUAACUGAAAUUUGCUAAGAGAGUAAAAUUGACCUCCUCUCACCACUGACCUCUAGCCGCAUAAGCACCAAAAAAAAAAAAAAAAAAAAGAAUAAGCUUUGGAGUAGAUGUUAUAUGUCUUUCUCACUCACUACUUUAAAGUUACUUUCUGACACAAUAUGAUAGCAAAUAGUGAAUAUUCAACAAAUAUUUGUUAAAUAGAUAAAUGAAUAUUUGUGCCCGAUAGUUCUAUGUUGAUCUCAAAAUAAAGCAAGAUGCUAUGUCUUGUUUGUUCCGUCUAUAAAAAUUACUGUUCUCUACUAAAUACAAACACGCACACAUAGAUAUUUUCAAACACACACACACACACACCCCCUGAACUUCGGGGAAACGAUAAGUCACAUACAAUCACUUAUUUUUGUCCUUCUUGCACGUCCUGCUGACGUAGUGUAGGAAAUUGUUUUUCAUGUCAAAAGAUAGUUGUUUUGGGAAAUGCAGAGUGCCCACAGCAAGGAAAAAACUAACCUCUUUAUGUAGGAAGAGGAAGAACAUACAGGCAAUACAAUCCAUAACUAAAUGAUUGACAAUUUCGGGACUGGAACGGUUCAUUCUGACUAACUGAACUGUUUCUCUAGCUACUUCGGACCGUUAGAGCUGCAGGCUUUAAAGAAUUGUUCACCUGCAGAUGCUCAUAGAGGUCUAUCAGAAUAUAUUUGUGUUCUAUAUAAACUAUAUAGAGUAAGGAAAACAGUCAAAGAAUUUUUUU